UGCUGUGCGGAUGAGCUGCUGGGUAAAAAUAGAAAGUGGUACAACCCAAAUAAGGAGCAGGCGAAGAUAGUGGUGGUGCUAUUUCUGCCCCCGGUCUGCAUUUCCGUCCUCGUCCCAGCCAUUGCUUUUGCUUUCCAGUUUCUUCUCUUGCGGAGUAUAGAUUGAUUUCGAGAGUGAUCAAUUAGACCUAGAAUCCACUUUCGAUAACAACCAUGGCGGACGACGAGCGCAAGAAGAAGCAGGCGGUUAUCGAUGCCAAGAAGGCAGAGGUACGAGCUCGUCUGGAGCAGCAGGCGGCCGCCAAGAAGGGGAAGAAGGGUUUCAUGACCCCGGAGAGGAAGAAGAAACUCCGACUCCUGCUGCGUAAAAAGGCUGCCGAGGAGCUGAAGAAGGAGCAAGAACGUAAGGCCGCCGAGCGAAGGCGGAUCAUCGAGGAGCGUUGUGGGAAACCCAAGAACGUGGACGACGCUAGUGAAGAUCAAGUGAGAAAAAUAUGUGAGGCAUACCACCAGAAAAUUUCCGGGCUGGAAGAGUCUAAAUACGAUUUGGAAUUUGCCGUGUCUCGAAAAGAUUUUGAGAUCAACGAGCUGAAUAUUCAAGUCAACGAUCUGCGUGGAAAAUUCGUAAAGCCAACCUUGAAGAAGGUGUCCAAGUACGAGAACAAGUUCGCCAAGCUCCAAAAGAAGGCUGCCGAAUUCAACUUCCGUAACCAGCUGAAGCAGACCAAGAAGAAGGAGUUUGACAUGGAGGAGGCGGAGAAGGGGCUCGCAGGGGCCAAGGUCAAACCAGAGUGGACCAAGGACAAGAAGCCAGAUGCGGAGGCAGAAGCCUAAAUAUCAACCAAUUUUGCCCCCUCUUUGACUUUAUUUAGUUGUGUCUUUCGUCGUCCUUACAUGUGCUAUAAAAUCGUUCAGAAAGGAAGUAAAAAAAAAUCAAAAAGUACCAUCACCAUUGUGACUCUCAUAUAAAACAGCUAAAAUUAGAAGAGAAAGCAUUAGCCCUUUCUCGUCUACUACACUUUGCACUCUAUAACUAAAUGCAAUAAUAAUCUGUAUAAUGAUCAGUUCACAUCGAGGAUCAAGUAUAUUUCUUACACUGUCUCCCUUUACAUAAAGUAUCAUGUUUUUUUGGUCAGUGUUAUACUUCAUUAAAUAAAAAUUAACUUGUAUGAUAUACUCAACUCCAAGAAUCAAUUUCUUCUUCAAUUUGAAUUGCUGAGUACUAUUGAAAUCUAUUGACAGGAGCAUUUUGAAAAAUAAAUUUGAUGAAGGUGAUGAUGGGAGAAAACACUAUAUAUAAAACGAAAGCGACAUAUACAUAUUGUGUUGGUUAUUGAUGGUAUAUAGCUUUAAAAAACAACUCUGAAAUAAAUAAUGUUGAUGAUGUUGAUGAUGAUGAUAAUGCAAUUACUGCUCUGAAUAUGUAUGGUGAAUAUUAAUAAAUGAUGAUGAUGGAUAUUUA